AUUAAAAAUAAAUGCAGUUAAUCAAAUAAUGCGUGGGACGCUUCUUAUAUUAGAAGUAAAAUCUCUCGUCCUUAGGUGAAACGUGGCGUGAGGAGAGUGGCGGAAGCAAACGGUGAGGGGAAGAAGGGUUGUAUCUCCGGAGACCUUGGAAACGAAGAAUGGCGGAAGCACAUCGCUCUUCGUUCUCGGUGGAAUCGGAAGGAUUGUAUCGUCGACGGAUCCAAAGUUGAAAUCGGAGACCUUGGAAACAACUUCAUGCGUAAUAACGGCGAGAGAUUGGAUAGCGAUUUCGAGUUUGUGCUUAGAGAUUGUUCAUUAUUAGGAUUCUGAAUCCCCUUGCCUUUGUGAUUUGUGAAUUGUGAUAGUCACAGUAUCAUAUGGAGCAGACCUCUCACUGCAAAACGAGUUGAAAUUGAAGGAGCUGAGGCCUAUGCUGCUUCUGGAACCCCUGCGGAUUGCACUGGUUUGGGCUUAUCCGAACCCCUCUUCCCUUCUCUUCCUGACCUGGUUCUUAGUCAUGUAGUUGAUUGGUGUUCUCUGUUUGUUUGUCUUUCAUUGUCUCUGAUUCCGAAACCCAUGACCGCUUGGAUGUGAUUUUUAAGGUCAGGGGAUUCCCAACCCGUUGAUGAUCUUUGGAGGCUGAACCAAGCACGUAGAGGUUCUUGGUCAACUUCUUCACGUAUCAAAGAUUGUUGCUGAGAAAGAAGGCAUUGUGAAAGAAGUCAUUGUGUUUGAGUGAAACCAUGUGUUCUUUCUUCCUCUCUUUUCACAGUGUUUGAGUGAAACCACAAGACUAAUGCUAAUGUUGUUUCUUUCUCAUUGUACCAGGAAAAGACUAACAGUGGUAACACUACAAGAAAACAGCAUUUUGGCGAGGAAAGUUAACGAGGAAAUAUAAUCCUCGUAAAUUUACGAGGAACUUACGAGGAAUUUACAAAGAAAGAAAUAAACCUCGUUAUUUCCUCGUAAACUAACGAAGACAGUUUUUUGUCGUAAAGCCCACGUAACUUUACGUGGUAUUUACGAGGAAAUACACUUUCCUCGUAAAGACCACGUAAAGCUUGCAUUAUUUUUACGAGGAAAAGUGGAAAUAUACUUUCCUCGUUAAAUCAACGUAAAUUUACGUCACCUUUACGAGGAAAUGAUAUACGUGAACUUAACGAGGAAUUUUAAAGCACGUUUUUUUUGGCUACCUACCUUUUCCUCGCAAAUUCAUCGCAAAACUUCAACUACCAGAUUCGAAAAUUUUCUAUAAACAUGGAAGUUUCAACAUCAUUUUAAACACACCAACAAGAAAAAAAAAAGAAAAACGUGAAAGGAAAAAAAUGUCAGGCUCCGGGAAUGUCUACGAGUUGCGGAGGUGGAUGUAUAUGCAUAGAGAUGCUAACAGGAGAGUGACGAAAGAAUACAUUGCAGGACUGGAGACAUUUAUGCAUCAAGCAGAUUCCACACUGCUCGCCCUAGAAAGCGGUAAGAUGUUCUGUCCAUGUCGGAAAUGCAACAAUUCGAAAUUGGCAAAUCGUGAAAAUGUUUGGAAGCAUUUAAUAAAUAGAGGUUUCACGCCAAAUUACUAUAUCUGGUUUCAACAUGGAGAAGGUUAUAAUAAUUAUGAUCAGAAUGAAGCUAGUAGUAGUAAUAGCAAUUUUCAGGAAGAACCGGUUGCUCUUCAUUUGCAUAAUGAACCUAGUUACCAUCAGGAGGAGCAGAUGGUAGAUUUUGAUAGGGUUCAUGAUAUGGUAACUGAUGCAUUUGUAGCUCAUGAUGAAGAUGAAGAACCUAACAUAGAUGCAAAAAAGUUUUAUGAAAUGUUAAAUGCGGCGAAUCAACCACUUUACAGUGGUUGUAGAGAAGGUCUCUCUAAAUUGUCGUUGGCUGCUAGAAUGAUGAAUAUUAAAACUGAUCACAAUCUACCUGAAAGUUGCAUGAAUGAAUGGGCAGACUUGUUCAAAGAGUAUUUGCCGGAAGACAAUGUGUCUGCUGAUUCUUAUUAUGAGAUUCAGAAACUGGUGUAUAGUCUUGGGUUGCCUUCAGAGAUGAUAGAUGUUUGCAUCGACAACUGCAUGAUCUACUGGGGAAAUGAUGAGAAGUUAGAAGAAUGUCGAUUCUGCAAGAAGCCACGAUUCAAGCCGCAAGGACGGGGACGUAAUAGGGUACCGUACCAAAGGAUGUGGUACCUACCAAUUACAGACAGAUUGAAAAGAUUGUACCAAUCAGAGCAGACUGCUGGAAAGAUGAGAUGGCAUGCCGAGCAUACUCAGACGGAUGGUGAGAUGACACAUCCAUCAGAUGCAAGAGCCUGGAAACAUUUUAACAAAGUAUAUCCGGAAUUCGCUAGCAAUAUCCGGAAUGUGUAUCUCGGAUUAUGCACAGAUGGAUUUAGUCCAUUCGGAAUGUCAGGGAGACAAUAUUCAUUGUGGCCAGUCUUUCUUACGCCAUACAACCUGCCACCGGAGAUGUGCAUGCAACGGGAGUUGCUAUUCUUGACCAUAUUAAUACCUGGUCCGAAACAUCCUAAAAGGUCGCUGGAUGUUUUCCUGCAACCACUGAUAAAAGAGUUGAAGGAUUUGUGGUCAACAGGGGAGAGGACGUAUGACUGCUCAACGAAGACGAAUUUCACGAUGCGAGCGAUGCUUUUGUGGACCAUAAGUGACUUUCCUGCCUAUGGGAUGUUGUCGGGAUGGACUACACAUGGAAGAUUAGCUUGUCCAUAUUGUAAUGGAGCGACAGAUGCGUUUCAACUGAAGAAUGGGAGGAAGACAAGUUGGUUCGAUUGUCAUCGUAGAUUUCUUCCCAUUGGCCAUCCGUACCGAAGAAACAAGACAUUGUUUAGGCACAAAAGGGUUGUGAGAGACACUCCUACUCCAUAUUUAACUGGAGAAGAAACUGAAAAGCAACUCGAUUACUAUGGAGCUUUGGAAACAGUUCCUCGUGGUGGUAAUUGGCAUGUUCCCCCUAAUAUGCCUGAUUCUUACGGUGUUCAUCACAACUGGCACAAGAAGAGUAUAUUUUGGGAGUUGCCAUAUUGGAAGGAUCUUCUUCUGCGCCACAACCUCGAUGUGAUGCAUAUAGAGAAGAAUUUCUUUGAGAACAUCAUGAAUACAAUAUUGAAUGUCCCGGGGAAGACAAAAGACAACAUAAAAUUGAGGUUAGACUUGCCGGAUAUUUGCUUAAGAAGCGAGUUACAUAUAAACAGCAAUGGGCAAGUUCCUGUUCCGAUAUUCAGAUUGUCUUCAGAAAAAAAGUCGGUGUUGUUCAACUGGGUAGCAUCAGAAGUGAAAUUCCCCGAUGGGUAUGUUUCAAAUCUGUCUAGAUGCGUUGAAAAGGGUCAAAAGUUCUCCGGGAUGAAGAGUCAUGACUGUCAUGUCUUUAUGCAACGACUACUUCCCUUUGCUUUUGCGGAGCUACUUCCUACAAACGUACAUGAAGCACUUGCAGGCAUUGGAGCAUUUUUCAGGGAUCUGAGCACCCGCACCCUUAAAGUAGAAGUCGUGGAACAGCUUCAAGAGAACAUUCCCAUCUUAUUGUGCAACUUGGAGAAGAUAUUUCCUCCUGGGUUUUUUGACAUAAUGGAGCAUCUAGCUGUCCACCUUCCAUAUGAGGCAUUGCUUCGUGGACCUGUACAUUACGGAUGGAUGUAUCAGUAUGAGCGAGCCAUGAAAUAUUUGAAGGGAAAAGCAAAGAACCUUGCAAAGGUUGAAGGUUCUAUAAUUGCUGGAAGUUUGACGGAAGAAACUUCUCACUUCACAUCGUACUACUUUGCGUCAAAAGUACGUACUCGGAAAAGAGCUCCAAGGAGAUAUGAUGAUGGUGGUGUCGCGCCAACGUACGCAGUUGCUGGUGUUCCAGACAUCUUUAGCCAGAUUGGGCGACUGGGUGGAAAAUCAAAAGAGGUUUGGUGGUCGAGUGAAGAAGACGCUCAUAGUGCACACACCUAUAUUCUACUUAAUUGUGAGGAUCCAUUGAUUCGUUAUUUUGAAAGCCUAUUUGUUUCACAAGUCGAAGAAACAUUCCCUGGUAUAUCCACAACUGACGUAGACAAAAGGAAAGAUCAACACUUUAUAAAGUGGUUGAAGAGUCAGGUUGAUUUUGACGACGAUGCAGAUUAUCCUAAGUGGUUACAUGAAGUAAUUCAAUCUCCACAUGUAAAGGUCACCACUUCACAGAUGUAUUUCACACGAGGCUAUACUUUUCACACAUAUGAGUAUGGUAGACAGCGGGCGACCAGUAACUAUGGAAUAUGUGUGAAAGGGGAAACCGAUUUCUACGGUAUCUUGACAGAGAUUAUCGAAGUGGAAUUUCCAGGGAUAUUGAAGCUGAAAUGCGUCAUCUUCAAAUGUGAGUGGUUCGACCCCGUCGUCAACAGAGGUGUUCGGUUUAACAAAUUCGGUGUAGUUGAUGUCAAUGGUGGACGAAGGUACAACAAAUUCGAGCCUUUCAUCUUAGCUUCACAAGCAGAUCAAGUUAGCUACCUUCCAUACCCUCGGAUGAGAGAAUCGGGAAUAAAUUGGUUAUCCGUGAUCAAAGUUACACCUCGAGGACGAAUCAUAAGUGGAGAAGAACCACCAUUGCAAGAAGAACAGAUAAAUGAAGUCGAGGAACCUGAACAACAAAUUGAUGACAUUCUUCUCAUUGAUCCGCAUAAUCAUGAGUAUGAAGAUCUUACCGACGAUGGCACAGACGAAGCUGUUGAAGACGAGUUUAAUGAAAAUGAUGAUGUUUCUAGUGAUGACGAAAAUGUAUCCGAUUGAUGUAUUUGUGUUUUAAUAUGAUUGAUUUUCAGACUUAAUGCAUGUGAUUCGAUUAUAAAGAAAAAAAAUAUUGAGUUUGAGGUUUUGAAUGAAAAAUAAAAGAUUGAGGUUUGGGAUUGGAAUAUGAAGAGUAGAAGAUAGGAAAGAUGGUGUUUGUGGUUUGGGGUUUUUGAUUUUAGAA